CGCCCUGAACCGCGUCCCGUUCGCCCAGUCCAGUGCCCGGCGCGGCCCGGCCGGCGGCUCCUCGCUCUCUCCGUCCCCGCCGCACCAUGGACCGCCCGCGGCCGUGCGGCCCGGCCCCGCUGUUGCUGCUGCUGCUGCUGCUGCUGCUGCUGCCGGCGGCGUGCGCCCUCCCCGGCGCCCGUGGGACGUGCCCGGAGCGCGCGCUAGAGCGGCGCGAGGAGGAAGCGAACGUAGUGCUCACCGGCACGGUGGAGGAGAUCCUCAACGUAGACCCGGUGCAGCUCACCUACUCUUGCAAGGUUCGAGUCUGGCGGUACUUGAAGGGCAAAGAUGUGGUGGCCCAGGAGAACCUGAUGGAUGGCGGCAACAAGGUGGUGAUUAGCGGCUUUGGAGACCCUCUCAUCUGUGACAACCAAGUGUCCACUGGGGACACCAGGAUCUUCUUCGUGAACCCAGCUCCCCCGUACCUGUGGCCAGCCCACAAGAAUGAGCUCAUGCUCAACUCCAGCCUCAUGAGGAUUACUCUGCGGAAUCUAGAGGAGGUGGAGUUCUGUGUAGAAGACAAACUUGGGACACACUUCACGCCAGCCCCUCUGAUGCCUCCUGACGUGUGCAGGGGAAUGCUGUGUGGUUUUGGUGCCGUGUGUGAGCCUAGCAUAGAAGAUCCAGGCCGGGCCUCCUGCGUGUGCAAGAAGAAUGCCUGCCCAGCUGUGGUAGCACCUGUGUGCGGUUCAGAUGCUUCUACCUACAGCAAUGAGUGUGAGUUGCAACGUGCACAGUGUGUUCUACAACGGCGCAUCCGCCUGCUCCGCCGAGGGCCCUGUGGGUUCAGGGACCCCUGCACCAAUGUGACCUGCAGCUUCGGCAGCACCUGUGCCCGCUCGGCUGAUGGGCAGACAGCCACAUGCCUGUGCCCAGUUACCUGCCAUGGGGCCCCAGAGGGCACCGUGUGUGGCAGUGAUGGUGCCAAUUACCCUAGUGAAUGCCAGCUGCUGCACCAUGCCUGCACACGCCAGGAAAACAUUUCCAAGAAGUUCGAUGGCCCCUGUGACCCUUGCCAGGAAGCCUUUACCGACUUGAGCCACAUCUGUCGUGUGAACCCACGCACACGGCGCCCAGAGAUGCUUCUGCGGCCAGACAGCUGCCCUCCCCGGCACUCGCCCGUGUGUGGAGACGACGGGGUCACUUAUGAAAAUGACUGCAUCAUGGGCCGCACUGGGGCAGUCCAGGGUCUGCUCCUCCAGAAAGUGCGCUCUGGCCAGUGUCAGCCUCGAGACCAGUGCCCUGAGGCUUGCCAGUUUGGUGCCGUGUGUCUGUCCCGCCGUGGCCGUCCCCGCUGCUCCUGUGAUCGUGUCACCUGUGAUGGGGCCUACAAGCCUGUGUGCGCCCAGGAUGGACACACAUACGACAAUGACUGUUUGCGCCAGCAAGCCGAGUGUCGGCAGCAGCGUGCUAUACCCCCCAAGCACCAGGGCUUGUGUGCCCAGGCCCCAUCCCCGUGCCAUGAGGUGCAGUGUGCAUUCGGGGCGACGUGUGCUGUAAAGAAUGGGAAGGCUGUAUGUGAGUGCCAGCAGGUGUGCACAGGCAUCUAUGACCCCGUGUGUGGCAGCGAUGGCAUCACGUAUGGCAGCAUGUGCGAGCUGGGGGCCAUGGCCUGUGCCCUGGGGCAGGAGAUCCGGGUGACCCGCCGCGGACCCUGUGACCAGUGUGGACAGUGUCGUUUUGGAGCCCUGUGUGAGGCCGAAACCGGGCGCUGUGUGUGCCCCUCUGAGUGUGUGGCCUCAGCCCAGCCUGUGUGUGGUUCUGAUGGGCACACAUAUGCCAGUGAAUGUGAGCUUCAUGUCCACGCCUGUACACAGCAGGUUGAUCUGCACGUGAUCUCAGCUGGACCCUGCCAGACCUGUAAGGAUACAGUGUGUGCCUUUGGGGCAGUGUGCUCAGCUGGGCAGUGCGUGUGUCCUCGGUGUGAGCACCCCCCACCAGGCCCCGUGUGCGGCAGUGAUGGUAUCACCUACCCCAGUGCAUGUGAGCUGCGGGAAGCUGCCUGCCGGCAGCAGGUACAAAUUGAAGAAGCCCGGGCAGGACCCUGUGAGCAAGCUGAAUGUGGCUCAGGAGGCUCUGGCUCUGGAGAGGAAGGCGAGUGUGAGCGGGAACUGUGCCAGCAGCGUGGUGGCAUCUGGGAUGAGGACUCAGAGGAUGGGCCAUGUGUCUGUGACUUCAGCUGUCAGAGUGUCCUGAGGAGCCCGGUAUGCGGCUCAGAUGGGGUUACCUAUGGCACUGAGUGUGACCUGAAGAAGGCCAGGUGUGAAUCACAACGAGAACUGUACGUCGCGGCUCAGGGGCCCUGCCACAGUCCUACAUUGGCACCACUGCCACCUGUGUUUCUUUCACACUGUGCCCAGACCCCAUAUGGCUGCUGCCAGGACAAUGUCACUGCUGCCAGGGGUGUGGGCCUGGCUGGCUGCCCCAGCACCUGCCAGUGCAACCCACAUGGCUCCUACAGUGGCACCUGUGACCCAGCCACAGGGCAGUGCUCCUGCCGACCAGGCGUGGGAGGCCUUAAGUGUGACCGCUGUGAGCCUGGCUUCUGGAAUUUCCGUGGCAUUGUCACUGACAACCUGAGUGGCUGUACUCCCUGCAGCUGUGACCCCCAGGGUGCUGUGCGGGACGACUGUGAGCAGAUGACUGGACUGUGCUCCUGCAAGCCAGGAGUGGCUGGGCCCAAGUGUGGGCAGUGUCCAGAUGGCCAAACCCUGGGCCCUACUGGUUGUGAAGCAGGCUCCUUGAUGCCCAAGACCUGUGUGGAGAUGCACUGUGAGUUUGGAGCUUCCUGUGUGGAAGAAGCUGGUUCUGCCCGCUGUGCCUGCCCAGCCCUCACGUGCCCAGAGGCCAAUGCCACUAAGGUCUGUGGGUCAGAUGGUAUCACAUACGGCAAUGAGUGCCAGCUGAAGACGAUUGCCUGCCGCCAGGGCCUGGACAUCUUCACCCAGAGUGUUGGCCCAUGCCAGGAUGCUGUUGCUCUUGGCGUAUACCCCACAUCUGUAUCCAUGACCACCCUGGAGCAUGUCCUGAAUGAGGCGCUGCCGUCCCCCUCCAGUGCCCUUUCCCUGGCACCCAGCAGUAUUCCCCGCAGCCAGGCUACUCCUCUACCCACAUCACGACCCUGGACCACAUCCAGCAUCCCCAGGCCCACGGCAAGACCUGGGCCUGUGCUAACCAUGCCCCCCACAACCACCUCCACCACUGCCAGCCUUCCCGCAUCAGCCUUCGGUGAAUCUGGCAGCACCAAUGGGAGUGGUGAUGAGGAGCUCAGCGGAGACCAGGAGGCCAGUGGGGGAGGCUCUGGGGGACUUGAGCUCCCCAUGGGCAACAACAUUGUGACUGCUGGGCCACCCAUCGAGAGGGCUUCCUGCUACAACUCUCCUUUGGGCUGCUGUUCAGAUGGCAAGACACCCUCACUGGAUGCAGAGAGCUCCAACUGCCCUGCCACCAAGGCGUUCCAGGGCGUACUGGAGCUGGAGGGGGUCGAGGGGCAGGAGCUGUUCUACACACCUGAGAUGGCUGACCCCAAGUCAGAACUGUUUGGGGAAACUGCCAGGAGCAUUGAGAACUCGCUGGAUGACCUGUUCCGAAACUCAGAUGUCAAGAAGGACUUCCGGAGUGUCCGCCUGCGGGACCUGGGGCCUGGCAGAUCGGUCCGAGCUAUUGUGGAUGUGCACUUUGACCCCACUACGGCCUUCAGGGCUCCCGAUGUGGGCCAGGCCCUCCUCCGGCAGAUCCAGGCAUCCAGACGCCGGACCUUACUGGUGAGGAGGCCUCUUCAUGAACAUGUGCGAUUCAUGGACUUUGACUGGUUUCCAGCCUUCUUCACAGGAGCUGCUACAGGAGCCACGGCUGCAGUGGCCACAGCCAGAGCCACCACCACAGGCCAGCUGCCCUCUGCUGUAACCCCUCGGGCCUACCCCAGUCACACCAGCCGACCUACUGGCAAGACCACAGCACCCCUCACCACACGCCGGCCUCUCACUACGCUCCCCAGCCGCAUGGCAGGACACCAACCCAUUCCCCCAGACCCUCAGCAGCCACUGAGGCCCUGUGCCUCCCAGCCCUGCCUCUAUGGGGGCACGUGCUGGGACCAGGACUCUGGCCAAGGCUUCACUUGCAGCUGCCCAGCGGGCAGGGGCGGCAUCAUCUGCGAGGAGGCCAGCCUCCCUGCCCCCGCAGUAUUGCGCCCCUCUCUGCCUGCUUUUGGAGGCCACUCCUUCCUGGCCUUCCCCACCCUACGCGCCUACCACACACUGCGCCUGGCACUAGAAUUCCGAACACUGGAGCUGCAGGGGCUGCUGCUCUACAAUGGGAACAACCGUGGCAAAGACUUCUUGGCGCUGGCUCUACAGGGUGGGCGGGUGCAGCUCAGGUUUGACACAGGUUCUGGGCCAGCAGUGUUGACCAGUUCCGUGCCUGUGAAACUGGGCCGGUGGCACCGCCUAGAACUGUCAAGGCAUUGGCGCCAGGGCACACUGUCUGUGGAUGGCGAGAGCCCUGUUGUGGGCGAGAGCCCCAGUGGCACGGAUGGCCUUAACCUGGACACGGACCUUUUUGUGGGUGGCGUCCCAGAGGACCAGGCUGCUGUGGUGCUUGAGCGGACCUUCGUUGCAGUUGGCCUGAAAGGCUGCAUCCGGUUGCUGGACAUCAACAACCAGCGGCUGGAGCUGGGCAGCUGGCAAGGAGCUUCGACCCAGAGCUCUGGCGUGGGCGAGUGUGGGGAAAACCCCUGUGUGCCCAACCCCUGCAGCAGUGGGGCGCCAUGCCAGGCACUUGACGAUGGCAUGUUCCACUGUCAGUGCCCACCUGGCCGCUUUGGUCUGACCUGUGCCAGUGAGAAGAACCCCUGCCAGCCAAACCCUUGCCAUGGAGCAGCCCCUUGCCGUGUACUACCCGAGGGAGGGCCGAAGUGCGAGUGCCCCCUUGGGCGUGGGGGCGCCCUCUGCCAGACAGACUUGGAGAAGGACCAUGGCUCCCAGCCCUUCAUGGCGGAUUUCAGCGGCUUCUCCUAUCUGGAGCUGAAAGGCCUGUACACCUUUGAAAGAGACCUGGGAGAAAAGAUGGCGCUGGAGGUUGUGUUCCUGGCCCGUGGCCCCAGUGGCUUGCUCCUUUACAAUGGGCAGAAGACAGAUGGCAGAGGAGACUUUGUGUCGCUGGCCCUGCGUGACUGGCAUCUGGAAUUCCGUUAUGACCUGGGCAAGGGCCCUGCAGUCAUCAGGAGCAAGGAGCCAGUCGCCGUGGACACCUGGACAAGGGUCUCACUGGAGCGCAAUGGCCGCAAGGGUGCCAUGCGUGUGGGCGAUGGGCCCCGAGUGCUGGGGGAGUCCCCGAAAUCCCGCAAGGUGCCUCACACUGUGCUCAACCUGAAGGAGCCACUCUAUGUGGGGGGCGCCCCUGAUUUCAGUAGGUUGGCCCGGGCAGCUGCGGUGUCCUCUGGCUUUGAUGGUGCCAUCCAGCUGGUUUCCCUGGGAGGCCGCCAGUUGCUGACCCAGGAACAUGUGCUGCAGGCAGUGGGCAUCUCCUCCUUUGCAGACCACCCUUGCACCCAAGCCUCGGGCCACCCCUGUCUUAAUGGAGCCUCGUGUCUCCCCCAGGAAGCCACCUAUGAGUGCCUGUGUCCCUCAGGCUUCUCAGGGCUGCACUGUGAGAAGGGACUGGUUGAAAAGUCGGCGGGGGACCUGGACACAUUGGCCUUUGAUGGGCAGACCUACAUCGAGUACCUCAAUGCUGUGAGGGAGAGCAAACUGGCCAAUGAGAUCCCAUUCCCGGAAGCUCCCGAUUCCGGGUCCUUUCACAGCGAGAAGGCGCUGCAGAGCAACCACUUCGAGCUGAGCCUGCGCACCGAGGCCACUCAGGGGCUGGUGCUGUGGAGCGGCAAGGCCACAGAGCGUGCAGACUAUGUGGCUCUGGCCAUCGUGGAUGGGUACCUGCAGCUGAGCUACGACCUGGGCUCCCAGCCCGUGGUGCUGCGCUCCACUGUGAAGGUCAACACCAAUCACUGGCUGCGGGUUAAGGCUCACAGGGAGCAGAGGGAAGGGUCCCUUCAGGUGGGCAAUGAAGCCCCUGUGACUGGCUCGUCUCCACUGGGCUCCACACAGCUGGACACAGAUGGAGCCCUGUGGCUCGGGGGCCUUCAGAAGCUGCCUGUGGGCCAGGCCCUGCCCAAGGCCUACAGUACAGGCUUCGUGGGCUGCUUACGGGAUGUAGUGGUGAGCGGGCGCCCACUGCACCUGCUGGAAGAUGCAGUCACCAGGCCAGAGCUGCGGCCCUGCCCUGCACCCUGACCAGCACCCAAGACCCCACCCACCCUGCUCUGUACUGCGGAGACACAUGAUGCCCAGGGACCCACAGGGGCACCUGGCACCCUCAGGACUCGCUCUUCUGCCUCAGGGCGGCACACUGCAGCCCCUCGCACCAUGUGUUCCCAGCGUGUCCACCUGUGUCAGUCCCUGUGUCCCCGCUCCCCGUAAUACCGUGUUCUCUUGGAUGGGGUCCAUGUUCCACAGCAGGCGCCUUCCGAGCAAGUCCCAGGGCCUCCUGUCCUCACGAACACUCCUCUUGCCUGCGUGUGCUGUAGGUGAGCCUCCCCUGGGCUUGCCUGGACCCCAGGCCUCUGUGCCAAUGCUGUGACCUAGAAAUAAUGUUACUUUGCGUCCCUGCCCCACACCCCCAAGUGUGUCUGCUAGCUCCAGGGUGCUGGGGAACAGAGCCCAGAGCCAGGCCCACUUAGGGCACCCUCACUGGCCCUGCCCGUCCACCCUGGAUAUAUCCCUCAUCGCCACACUCCAUGUCCAGUGGGGAACUUCUGAGGGAGUGGACCACUGUGUGAUGCAGCCUGCUGCGUGGACAGCCAGCCUCCUUCCCUCAGGGGUGGCCUGACCAGCAACCAUGUUCUCUAGACACUGGUGUCACUUGAUGCACAAAGGUCAGAUCUUUUGUCCUUCUGUCCUGGACCUAAAACAGUACAAGUUGCUGACCAAGUCCACCGUGAGGGUGGCUGAGCUCAUCUGAGAGUGGCCAGGGCUAGCCUGGUGCCUGACCAAGGCCAAAGGGCAGGUCUAGGUGUGGCAGAGAUGGCAGUGGAGCUAGAAAGGCCUUAAACUGCAUCAUCCGACCUGCCACCCCGCCCUCCAUGCAAGCUGCGCAAAGCCUUUGAAGGCUUCUUGUGAGGUGGCAGCCUGGCCCCGUAGCAGGGAAGAGGGAAGCAGGAGAGAGCUGCAUGGUGUUUUGUUACUAACUCCUGUAUGUGUCCGUCAAACACCAUGAAAUAAAAUCUGUAAAUACAGAA